CUUUUUAAUGCUUUGAUUCCUCAAGGCGCAAACUUUUACCUCCGCAACAUUGCAAAUUGCAUAAAAAGAGGGGGAAUAUAAACAAAAUGGUCAAAGAUUCAAAUUGCAAUUUGACAGAAACCGAGGAGAAGGCGUAGGCCCGUAGGGUGUCGUAGCCCGCAACUCCACUCAAUCCUAACAUUUACGUUCCGAAAUUGCAAAACAAACCGCCAACCCCGUAAAACCCACGUGUCCGCUUCCUUCCACAUUCUCCUAUGUGUCUCCCCCUCGCAACAGCUGUUAUCGAUUUCUCAGACACCAGUGUUCUUUCUCCCUCUCUCUCUCUCGGAAAAAGCGGUGUCUUCUCAAGGACCCAAAUUGCUGUUUUGACAGAAAUUCACGUUUUGUGUCGCUACCAGCUUUUUUGAUUCUAAAUACUGAUACCCAUUUGGAUUUUUUUUUUUUUUUUUGGGGUGUAAAAUAUCCCUUUGGUCCCAAAAACGUCGACCCAUUUCGGUAUUUGAGCCAGUUCGCCAAGAAAAAUUCCAUCUUUGGUUAAUGCAAGCGCCAUGGGCUACUGAAUCUAGAGAAUUACUUGUUGGCCUUUUCAGUUCUUGUUGAAGUCUCGGUAUUUGUUUUCCGGCAUUUCGGUGGUUUUGAGGGCGGACAGGGUGAGUGGCAUUGGAAAUGAAUGGGAUUGAGGAGGAACAGACUGCUUUUGAGAUUGGGGUGGUGGUUCCAAAGAGGAAUCUGAAGGACGAAAACGAGGGUUGUGAUUGUGUGGAGGUUCUCGUUGAUGAGUUCAGGAAGGUAGGUUUGAUUGUUGAAAGAGUCCAAGGCAUUGCUGAUGAGUUUAUCAAGCUGGCUGCGCCUUUGGAGACUUUGGGAAGGGCUGCUGCUGAAUUACACUUAAAGAAAAGGACUCACAUUGGGAUGGAUUUACAAUUUGAAUGGGAGGAGGUUGAAGCUUUUGUGAGACAGCCUGAUGGUUCAUUGUUCAGUUGGUGUGAGCGUUUUCAUUGCUACCAUCACUUAAUAUAUGGGAUUGUGAACAAGAGCCAGUCUGCUGUAACUUUAAAAUUUGAUGGGGAAGAGUUCCACUGGGAAGUUGGUGAAUGUUUAGUUCGGAAAUUGGAAUCAGAGCAUUUUGUAAGACAAGUCUUUCCUUUGCAUGAUGAAGUACAGAGGAAGAAGCUCCUUAAAAGUUGGGCACUCAACUGGUGGGACCUUACGAAUCAACCAAUUGAUGAGAUUUAUUCAUAUUUUGGGACAAAGAUUGCAAUCUAUUUUGCUUUCCUUGGAAUGUAUACACGGUGGAUGUUCUUCCCAGCUGCAUUUGCUAUCACAUUGCAGUUAAUUGAUUUUGGGUCGUUGCAGUUAUUGGUGCUCCCUCUUUUCUUCAUAGGUGUAAUACUGUGGGCUGUAAUGUUUUCCCAGUUCUGGAAACGUAAAAACUCCGCCCUUUUAGCCAGAUGGCAGAUCAGUUAUUCAGCUGGAGUGGACCUGGGACAUAAACUUCUGGGCAUGGAGUGGAGUUCGCUACAGUCACCCGUGGAACUAUUAAGAAAAUGGGGGACCGAUAAAACAAACGAGAAAGAAGCAUACCAACGAAAUGAGUGGUUUGGGUGUCUCAUGAGAUUCAGAAAUGAUGCUAUGGUUAUCUUGAGUAUUAUAUGCCUUCAAUUACCAUUUGAGUUGGCCUAUGCUCAUCUUUACGAGGUUAUCAGGUCUGACGUUAUGAAGUUUGCGCUGACAGCCAUUUAUCUUUUUGUCAUUCAGUAUUUUACACGGGUUGGGGGCAAGUUAUCGGUCAAGCUUAUAAAGUAUGAAAACAAUGAAACCACAGAAAAAAGGGCCGACAGCUUGGUCUACAAGGUCUUUGGUCUUUAUUUCAUGCAGUCAUACAUUGGAAUCUUCUAUCAUGCCCUCCUGCACCGCAAUAUUUUGACUCUCCGCCAAGUGUUAAUUCAGCGCCUGCUUGUGUAUCAGGUGGUGGAGAACUUGUUGGAAAAUAGUUUACCCUAUCUUAAGUACAGCUACAAAAAGUACAGAGUUAGAAACAAGAAAAAACGUGAAAAGGGAUCAUCAACAGGGAAGAUCCAGUUUACUUCUAGGGUAGAGAAAGAGUACUUGAAGCCUUCUUAUUCCGCAAGCAUCGGCGAGGAGCUUGAGGAUGGGCUAUUUGAUGACUUUUUGGAGUUGGCAUUGCAGUUUGGAAUGAUCAUGAUGUUUGCCUGUGCAUUCCCCCUUGCAUUUGCCUUCUCUGCUGUGAACAACAUUACAGAAAUCAGAACAGAUGCAUUAAAGCUGCUUACCAUGUUUAAAAGGCCCAUCCCUCGUGCUGCCACAAAUAUUGGAGCUUGGCUAAACAUUUUUCAGUUCCUGAUAGUGAUGUCAAUAUGCACAAACUGUGCAAUUCUAGUGUGUUUAUAUGAUCAAGAGGGGAAUUGGAGCAUAGAACCCGGUCUUGCGGCUAUUCUAGUCAUGGAACAUCUCCUCCUGUUGAUUAAGUUUGGAUUCUCCCGCUUUGUUCCUGAGGAACCUGCUUGGGUAAGAGCCAGUCGAGCGAAAAAUGCGACGCAGGCGCAGGACAUGUGUUCGAAACAGCUCUUGAGGACCAUAUCUGGUGUCAACAAGGUGUUUGGCAAGGCGAAAGAGAAAGAAUGAGAGUGACCCAGAGCUUUUAUUUGUUGCACUGAAGAACAAAAAGAACCAUGGGUUUGUCCUGGAUACUUAUUCGAGCUGCUUGCAGCAGUGGUGCAUUUCACCAUAACGAACUUGCCCGCGUUUAGGUCAAUCAGCGGUGGAUUGUAGUGUUCUUUUAGGGGAAUUUUGCGUAGCCUACUAUAUGAUUUUCCUUCCCCCUUCAAACUAUAGUAGCUCUUUAAGAUUUUGGUAAAUAGGGAAUUUUGCUGCAAUGCAUUUGGGUACACGUUUUUGGCCUUGGAUGUAUAUUUGCCAUUUCAUUGUACAAAACGGUUUUUCUUCUUAUACAUUCUGCUACAUCUUUUUCUUGUU